ACGAUGAUUUAUUAUUGAUAACACGAAAUUAACCAAUAAACAUUGUUGGUUUUUCAAAGUCUUGGUUUCAGCUUAUUUGAACCAAGCUAACUAAAAACAGUGUUGCAAAUUUCAACAUUUUCUUACUGUUGAGAUAAUUUAAAGAAACGAAAAGAACUACUAAUUUACUACAGUAAAAAAUUCUAAAACAAGAGAAGUAAAAUAUUGGAAGGUACCUAGUACCAAAUUAACUAAUAUAAAUCGAAUAAAGACAUAUAAAGGAUCUUGUUUCUUGUUUCCCCCUUCCCAUGUGAUGUGAACAAUCUCACUCUCUUUCUCUAUCUCUCUUUCGAGUUUCUUUGGAGUAUUAUAUAACAAAUCAGUCCAAGACACCUCUUUUCUCACACCAAUCUCGCUCUCACCACAAAACAGAGAAUCUCAGAUCGAAGAAGCAAAGAAAGAGAGAAUGGGUUUCACUUCCCGAGGAAACCCUUCUUUUCUCUUCUUCUUCUUCUUCUUCCUCUGUCUCUCCACAGUCUCUGCUUACAUCAACAGCACAAGCAGCAAUAAUGAUGAAGUAAGAAGAGAGCUAGCUUCUGGGAGAUGUAAUUGGUUUAGAGGGAAUUGGGUUUAUGAUGUAAAGUACCCACUUUAUGAUCCUUAUAAAUGUCCAUUCAUAGAUCCACAGUUUAACUGUAAGAAGUAUGGUCGUCCUGACAAUGCUUACCUUAAGUAUCGAUGGCAACCAUCUUCUUGCUCUCUCCCCAGAUUCAAUGGGUUGUAUUUCUUGAGGAGGAUGAGAGGGAAGAAGAUAAUGUUCGUUGGAGAUUCACUAAGCACAAACAUGUGGCAAUCUCUUGCUUGUCUAAUUCACUCUUGGGUUCCUAACACUCGUUACACUCUUAUUCGCCAAAAGGGUCUUGCUUCACUUACCUUUGAGGAAUACGGAGUGACGUUGUUGCUAUACAGAACACAGUUCUUGGUAGAUUUGAAUGUGGAGAAAGUUGGGAGAGUGCUUAAGCUUGAUUCCAUUAAGCAAGGGAAUAUGUGGAGAGGCAUGGACGUUUUGAUUUUCAACUCGUGGCAUUGGUGGACACACACCGAACACAUUCAGCCGUGGGAUUACAUGGAAGAUGGGAAUAGGUUGUACAAAGACAUGAACCGGCUCGUUGCUUUCUACAAAGGAAUGACCACUUGGGCUCGAUGGGUUAAUGCUUACGUCGAUCCUUCUAAGACUAAAGUCUUCUUCAACGGCGUGUCUCCUACUCAUUACGAGGGAAAGGAUUGGGGAGAGCCAAUGAACUCAUGUAGGAGUCAAACGCAGCCAUUUUACGGAAGGAAGUAUCCAGGAGGGACACCAAUGGCUUGGGUGAUUCUAAACAAAGUGAUGAGGAGAUUGAAGAAACCGGUCCAUUGGCUCGAUAUAACCGGUCUGUCUCAGCUUCGUAAAGAUGCUCAUCCUUCUGCUUUCAGUGGGAACCAUCCUGGUAAUGACUGUAGCCAUUGGUGUCUCCCUGGUUUGCCUGAUACUUGGAACUUGCUCUUUUACUCUACUCUUUUCUCUUCUUAAUUAAUUCCUUUCUCAUCAAUGUAUAAGUUAACUUAAAACAACAAUCAAUUAUUUUUAGUUAUCUUUCACUAUGGUUGUUUGUUUCUUGACUGAAACAACUCUUAAAUAAGACCAACGCACUUGACUCUGUGAAAUGAGAAAACAUGUCAAGAAAAGAUUAUACAAC